AUGGAAGAGGAGACGAGGCUGCCUACUGUUGCUGCUGCUGCUGCUGCAGCGGCAGCAAGUCGAGCAGCAGACCAACCAGCAGCAGCAGCAACAGCAGCAGCAGCAGCUGCAGCUGCACUGCAGGAGGAGCUGCAAGAGACACACAAAAAAGAAAAAGCACCCAUACAAUCCUCUUCUAGGGCCCCCACGAUGAAGCAGCAGCUGCGGCUGCAGCUGCAGCAAAGGAGAGCAGCAGAGGAGGGAGCCAGUGAGGGGCCCCUCUCAAGUGUUAGCAGCCGCUGCAGGAGCAGCAGAAGCAGCAGCAGCAGCAGUAGCAACAGAACAGCCGGAAGCAGCAGUAGCAGCGGCUGCGAGGGAUUGCAGCAGCAGGAGCAGCAGUCUGCUGUUACUGAAUUUCAUAUGCAGCUGCUGGGGCCAGAGCAGCAGCAGCUUGAGGGGCUGCUGCAGCAGGGGCCCCAAUCUGCAUUCGGUGAAGCUGACACUAGCACUGCUGCUGCCGCUACUGUUGCUAACGCUACUGCUACCUCUACUGCUGCUUAUACUGAUGCUGCUGCUGCUACCGUUACUGCUGCUGCUGUUACCGUCACUGCUGCUGCUGCUAUCGUCAUUGCUGCUGCAGCUACCGUUACUGCUGCUGCUGCUGCUACCGUUACAGCUGCUGCUGCUUCUACUGCUACUGCUGCUCCCGUUACUGCUGCUGCUGCUACCGUUACAGCUGCUGCUGCUGCUGCUGCUGCUGCAGGAGCGCAAUUGAAGAAGAGAUGA